AUGAGGCCACGCACACUCGCAAGCGGCAGCGUAAUUCUCGCUGCCGGUCUGUCAUACGCUCAGGACGAAACAGGGGAGAAUCCGGGUUGGCCGCGAUGGUGUGGCAAGGUCUACGCGAGUGGGUAUCCGUCCUUCGAGCCGGGCGGGCACACGACGGAGCCUGCGCCGGCGAAUCCGGAUGGUGCAUUGAAUCUGCACGUGCAGUUCAAACCGCGACAUAGCAUCUAUCUCGAGGGAGAGACGCAAGGGUCUUUUGUGGUCAAUGCCGCCCUCUCGCCGUGGUUCGGCGAACUAUGGACGGACACCACAGCUACCAACGAGGGAUCAACCGCCGAGCUCGCUUUCACGAUUAGUCUCACAUCCGAAGACGGCGACGCCAACGCACCCCUCGUCGAGAGCAGCAUACCUAUCGACACAACUGGAGCCGUAUUCGACUUUUCCCUGGAGGGCCUCGAGCCCCGCACGUCGCCGUACACAGUCGUGUUCUCGGGGCGAGCCGGCAACGGCUACAACUACACGGCGACGAGUGAGCUACGGUUCCUGCCAGAAAUAGCGCCGGGGCACAGCGCGACCAAGAUCGACAACCUAAACGGGGGAAUACUGUUUCGCAACGAGCAGACGGGCGGCGAGUUCGUGCCGCUGCUGCCGUACGGAUACUACGGCCUGUAUAAUGGGUCGAACAGCACGGCCGAGAGCGAAGCGUUCGUACACGAGUACACGAGCGGCGGCGAGGGCCUCAACGCGAUCGUGUCGCUGGCCGGGUUUGCCGACACGAACCCUGUGUACGACAGCAUGGACGCGUCGACGAUGCGGUUCAUGUUCGAUCUCCGAGGCUCGUACAAGGACCUCGAGGUGGUCGAGAGGCGGGUUAAUACUAUCAAGAACCAUAGCUCGUUGUUCGCGUACUGGACUGCCGACGAACCUGACGGCUGGCAAGUCCCGUUUGAUCUGCCGCCGGCGGCGCAGGCCCUGAUCCACGAGCUGGACCCGUACCACCCGGUUGCAGUGACGCUCAACUGCCAGGACUACUACUUCGCCGAGUACUCGUCGGGGGCGGACAUCCUGAUGGCGGACCCGUACCCGAUCGGGAUCAACACGACCUGGACGAAGUGGGGCACGACAUGCAACGCGACGUUGGGCGACUGCGGCUGCGACAACUGCGUCGGCGACGGCGUGCGCGACGUAGCGCGUCGCUUUGACGACCUGCAGCGAUACGAGCGGUGGCUCGGCCGCUGGCCGCUGGCCAAGUUCCACAAUCCGCAGGUCUUCCACAGCGAUGACUACUGGGCCCGCGACCCGACGACGGGGGAGGCAUUCGUGAUGAACGCGCUCGCUUUCAAUCGCGGCAUCACGGGCAUCUUCGGUUGGACGUGGCCCAGCAGCCAGGAGCUUUUCGACGCGCACUCGCGCAUGGCGGCCGCGGUUACGAAGCCGCCCGUCAGCGAUUUCCUGCUCGGCGGCCAGCCCGUCGGUAGGAUUCUAGUCACGGUGCCGGCCGGUCAGAGUGUGGAUGAAGAGCUCUUGGAGGGGUCGUAUUGGGUGAGCGGACACCAGGUACUGGUCAGCAUAGUCAAUGCUGGGACUGUCGAUAUCAACGAGCGCCCUACGGUAGCACUGCCAGUGCCUGUAGCAGGUAUCGCGGCUGUACCGUUCGGCGACCUCGCCUGGGAGUUGCAGGAUGGCCAACUUGCUAUUGACGCGUUACCCGCCAUGUCCGUUAGCUUCGUAAUCCUGGAUCUGGAGGAGAGGUAA